UUUUCACCAGUAGAGGGCAACACAGACCCUGGAUUCAUGUUUGCAGUCACGUGAUUGGAGAGAGAGAGUUACUGUCGCAAAUCCCCUCCUUCAUCCCAUCUAGGCCAGUAUAUAAAUAAACCAGCAGAAAUAUCAUGGACGUCAUAUGUCAGACAGACCUGUCUCACCUCACAGUGACAGCAGCACAAGAGCUGAAGACAUACUGACAGAGAUACGAGUAAACCUGCUGGAGUGUAAAGUUUGUUUCGAGAGCUUCUCAGUGCAGAAGAGAGACCACACACCCCUGAAUCUACCAUGUGGUCAUGUGCUCUGUCUGACGUGUGUUUGCACCCUUACCCAUCCCGUCCAUCAUCGCCUGGAGUGUCCGUUCUGUAGGAAAGUGUGUGAAGCCGGCAGCACAUCACAAUGUCGAGCACUUGUUGAUCUCCAAGAUCUUCUGCACACACAGCGAUCUCGCAGGCUUCCUGUUCUCCAACAACUCAUCAGCUGGACUCAAGGCCUUGGCUCGAGAGCACUCGAUCUCCAUUCAGCGUUUGGUGGCUGGGGUUUGAUCAUCAACCCUAGUGGAAUAGCUGUAGAUGAAUCUUCAGGAGAGAUUAUAGUGGUCCACGAUGGUGAGAAGAGGGUUGCUGUCUUUAGUCGGCAUGGGACGUCCUUACGCGCUUUUGGAUGUUAUGGACAUGGUCCUGCAGAUGUCUGUCACCCACUUGACGUCGCUGUGGUUUCCAGUGGACACCUGGUGAUAACAGAUGCAGGUGAUGGGACCGUGAAGGUCUUUGAUUCCACAGGUUGUCCUGUGUUGACGGUCCGAGACUCUUUUAAACUGCCGUGGAGUGUCGAUAUAGACGGCUGUGGAUGGAUAUUGGUGACGGAUGCACAGAUGGGAACCCUGAACCAGCUGGUGUUGGACUUUGAUCGCGGUGCAGUCUUAGUUAAUCGAGUCGUUCUCAAAGAUCUGAUGUGUCCACGGUCUGUGGCGUGUGACAGAAUAUCAGGAAACAUUGCUGUCGUGGACCAUCUUGAGAAGAGUGGGGUUGCUCAUGGCAACUUUGCUCCAUCAUGUCUAAAAAUAUAUAAUGGUGAUUUUGUUCUUUUGACAGUGGUGGACAGUUUUGGUCUGAAUCUGAUGGACUCUGUGUGCAUCUCCAUAUCUUCUGUGGUUUUUGACAGAAACGGAGAUGUAAUUGUGGGGGACACACAGCGGGGAAUGGUGUGGAGUUUGGGCAAACCUCAGAUAUCAGCUGUGUUAACCCCACUGGUGAGUGGACUGUUGUGUCCAGCAGGAUUGACUUUAACAGCAGAUAAUGAGCUUAUAGUUCUGGACAGUGGAGAUCACACAGUGAAGUUUUACACCGAAUACACAGAAGAUUUGUACAGUGAGAGUAAAUGAGGUUAACUUGUGUAGUAAAUCAGAACAUGACCGAAUAAAGCUGCAAUCUGUAGUUUUGUCCUCUCUAUCGCCAUCUCUGUUUCCGCUAUAAAUUGCAGUUAUUGUUGGAGUAAUUUUCUGUGGGUUGCGCUGCUUCAGUAUUUUAUUCCUUCAGAUGUUGAAAAGUCUUGGGGUGUAUCCCAGAAAAUCGGUUAUGUGACUACCCUGGGUAAGUUUAGGAGUUAGCAAGCGGAUAACCUUUGCUUUCAAUUCGAAAAACGAAGGUAACUGUAAGUAAGCAACUGACUCUCUGAGGAUAACCAGAGCAGGUUAUUUUCCAGGGUUAGUUCAUUUUAGUUAAUGAAGCUUUGAGAGAUUGGUUUGAACACCAUUUUUGUCUUCUUAAUAACUGAUUUUUGUUGAUUUUUAACUGAAAGCUUUAAUGGAUUGAUGAUAGAAGUAUAAACUCGGGUCUUGUAAUAUUCUUUGUUUUUCUGUGACACUUCUCAACAUCUAUGUGAUAAAUAUUAAGUCAUGCAACAGCUUUAAACUUAUUGUAAGCUUUCACAGCAGACACAUGGAUAUCAGAUGAAUUAACAUUUAACUUAAGUUAACUAUAACUAACUGUCCAUAGAUAAAAUUACUUCAGAAUAAUUUAUAUACAUAUAUGUUUUGAAAAUCUGUCCAUGUAGUUCAGUUGGUAGAGCAUUGCAAUAGCAGCACAAAAGGUCAUGGGUUUGAUCCCAGUCAACACAUGAUGAAAUCUAUAGCUUAAAUGCACUGUGAAUUGCCGUCUGCCAAUGUAAUGGAUUAUUUUACACAAACUGUGAUUCUAUUAAAUAGAUGCAUCUAUAAAAUAAAACAUAAUUUUCUUUACUCUAAAACAAUGAUGCUAAAAAGUGGUUCACUGGCUUGUUAUCAUGACUACUGUAUAGCAUCAUGUGUUUAAAAUCUGGUUACAUUUUAAAACAUUGACUAUUAAGACAAUAAGUAAAUAACAAAUGAUGACCACUGAAAGUGUGCAUACAUUAAAUGUGUAUUAUACCACACAUUGUUGAUGCUUUAUUCUGUUGAAUGCCUUAUUCUGAUGGGUUAAGACAUUUUUAAACAAUAAGAUGAUUUUUCCACUCUGCUUCCCAUCUUGGAUGUGCAUUAUUCCUUAAUUAAAUGAUUGUAAAUCUGAAUGUUGAAUCCACAGUCAUUAAAGCUCCUAGAGGGAAAUCUCACAAUCAUCUCUGCUCCAGUUCUCCUCAUCAUACCAGAUGGGAUCCUCAUCCUCACAAAAUGUUAAACACUGUUUGUUUUAACUCACAUCACAAUGAAAUUGAUCAUUCUCAAGAGAAAACCAGAUGAUUACAGCUUUACAUUUACUAUAUUUAUUUUCACUUUAACUUAUUUAUUUUGAUACAGUUUCCCAUGCCAUCCUCCUUCGCCGUCUGUCUGAUCUCAUCGGCCUCAGUGGCACAGCACUGUCUUGGUUCCGGUCCUACCUCACUGGCCGGAACCAAUUCAUUACUCUAAAUGGCUCCAACUCUGAUCCAGCACCCGCCAACCAUGGUGUGCCUCAGGGCUCAGUGCUUGGUCCUCUGCUGUUCACCAUUUACAUCUUACCCCUAGGUCAUAUUAUCCGUAAACAUGGACUCAACUUCCACUGUUACGCUGAUGACACCCAGCUGUAUAUCAGCACAAACCCCCCUUCGCAGCUUCCACCCACACAACUUGUCAACUGCCUGCAGGAACUCAAAUCAUGGAUGACCACUAACCUACUCAAACUCAACAGUAAUAAGACCGAGUUCAUGGUGGUGGCCCCUCCACCUCUGCUCAGGAAAAUUGGAGACCUGGCCCUGGUUGUUGAUGGCUGCUCUAUUUCCCCAUCUCCUGAGGUGCGCAAUCUGGGUGUUAUACUGGACUCCACCCUCUCUUUUCGGGCUCACAUAAACAAUGUCACU